AUGGGCAGGACCCACCGCUGGCGACUGGGGGCGGGGAGUCGGGUGGUGACGCGUCUGAACUCUGAAGCCGCGCGACUCCAAUCCUGCUCUCUCCGUUUUCCCUCCACACACUGGCCCUCUUCCGCCACGAGGAUGGCGGCAUCUUCCCCGGCGGCCACAGCCACCAGGCCCACCACGACCCCUCCUCUCGCCGGGCCGGCGAUCCACCGCGGCCUCGGCGCCGCCCGCCUCCUCCCGGGGUCGCUCUCCCGCUGCUCGCCCCCGGCAUCCACCGCCCAGACUGUCUCCUCCGCCGCCCCCAAGACCAGGGGCUUGCUCCUGCCAUGCCGGGCAGCGGAGGGGGCGGCGCCGGCGCGUGCGGGGGCGCCACUGAAGGUGAUGAUCUCCGGGGCGCCCGCGUCGGGCAAGGGGACUCAGUGCCGUAUGAUUGUCGAGAAGUAUGGUUUGGUUCAUAUAUCAACUGGGGAUCUUCUACGGGCUGAAGUAUCUUCUGGCACAGAUAUAGGCAAGAAAGCAAAAGAAUAUAUGGACAGUGGCAUGCUUGUCCCAGAUCAAGUUGUGACAGAUAUGGUUGUCUCACGACUGUCACAGCCUGAUGUGCGCGAAAGAGGGUGGCUUCUUGAUGGUUACCCAAGGAGUUAUGCUCAAGCACAAAGUCUUGAUAGUAUGAAAAUAAGACCAGAUAUAUUCGUUUUACUGGAAGUUCCUGAUGACAAUCUAAUCGAUAGAUGUGUUGGAAGAAGACUGGAUCCUGUGACGGGCAAAAUUUACCAUGUAAAGAACUUCCCCCCAGAGAAUGAGGAGAUAUCUGCCAGGCUUAUUACACGCUCUGAUGAUACAUUUGAAAAGGUUAAAUCACGCCUUGAGACUUACAAACAAAAUUCUGAAGCUGUUAUUCCAACAUACUCAGAUCUGCUUAACCAGAUUGAUGGAAAUCGCCCAGUGGAAGUCAUUUUUCAUGAAAUAGAUUCCAUGUUACAGAAGAUUACGAAUGCUUCAGAAAAAAAGUUGGCCAAGACAAACGGAAAACCACCAGACACAACAGCUUCGAAAAAGGAGUGGCGUGGAAUUCCAACGAGAUUAAAUAACAUUCCACACUCCAGAGAGAUCAGGAAAUACUUUUACGGCGAUGUGAUACAAGCUACAAAGCAUGCUAUUGAAGAUAAAAAGACUCGGUUGCAGAUAGAUAUCAAUAUUCCGGAGCUUAACCCCGAAAUGGAUGUUUAUCGUAUAGGAACCCUCAUGGAACUUGUAAGAGAUUUAUCUCUUACCUUUGCUGAUGACGGAAAGCGUGUCAAGGUCUGUGUUCAAGGCUCCAUGGGGCAAGGCGCAUUUGCUGGUAUUCCACUUCAGCUUGCUGGAACCAGAAAAAUAUUGGAAUUCAUGGACUGGGGUGACUAUGGGGCGAUGGGCGCCUUCAUAAAUAUUGGAGCAGUAGGUGCUAGUGAGAUUGAUAAAGAAGAUGACAUGUUUGUUCUCAUUGCUCCCCAAAAUGCUGUUGGAAACUGCAUAAUUGAUGAUAUGAGAGCUAUGACUGAUGCUGCUGGUGACAGACCUGUGAUUCUUGUAAAUCCUCGCCUGAAGGAUAUGCCUGCAUCAAGUGGCGUAAUGCAAACAAUGGGAAGAGAUGUGAGGCUUCAGUAUGCUGCAUCAUUUGAGACUUGUUAUUCUUUCCGGCUUCUCUUCUAUGCUGGUACAUUUUAUCCUAUAAUGGGCGCUUUAAGGAUGGCUUAUACAAAUAAAUAUGAGAUUUUUCGAAGGGUUGAUGAACCUAAUGGAGAAAAAUAUGAUUUGCUAGCUGAAUUCACCGGGAAUCCAACAGCUGAUGACAUCACCAAUGCCUUUGUAGGAACAAAAAAGAAAAAGGAAAAUGCGCCCUCUGGAUUCUGGGGUUUCUUGAGCGGCAUAUUGUAA